AUGAUUUUAGAAGCUAGGGAUAAGCCAAUUUUAGCAAUGUUGGAGUGGAUCAGAGUUAGACUCAUGACCAAACAAUAUAAAAGGAUGAAAGGUAUAGCAAAAUACACUGGAAAGGUUUGUCUUAAUAUUCAAGACAAAUUAGAGAAGUUAAAACAUGAAUCUAUACCUUUCAAUGCUACUCCAGCAGACAGCUUCAUGUAUGAGGUUGAUAAUGGUCGUGAGAGACAUGUGGUUGACUUGGCUAAGAAAGCAUGCAGCUGUAGGAUUUGGGAUUUGAUAGGACUUCCUUGCAAACAUGGGAUCUCUGCUAUUGUUAAGAACCUGGAGAAAGUGGAGGACUAUAUGCAUCCUUGUUACUUGAAAGAGACAUUUGCUGAAACUUACAUAAAGAUAAUACAGCCAAUGCCUGGCCAGUCUAAGUGGAUUAAGACUAACCAACCUGCUCCUAUUGCUCCUCAUGUAUAUAAACCACUUGGCAGACCACCAAAGCAAAGAAAAAGAGAUCCUGAAGAGCCAAGGAACCCUUAUAGAGUUUCUAGGAUGAACAAGACAAUCAAGUGUGGGAAGUGCAAGAAAGAAGGACAUAAUGCAAGAGGGUGCAAGGCAGGCAUCACUGGUGAAACUCCACGGCAGAGAAGAGAUAGACUUGCUAAAUCAGCAGCUGUAAGUAUUUCUAUGCUUUAA